UUCCUAGCUAAACUGAGUCGCAUGCAUAUUUAGAAUGAGACAGCACGAACUCUUACCAUCCAAACCAACCCAACCAAGAGAAAAGAGAGAAAAAGCUGGCAUGUGCCGAUAAAUUCCAAAAUAAUAAUGGCCUGCAUUUUUAUGUAUAUGAAGAGAGGAAAAUAACAACAGCAAUUAGCGUCCAAAUUUGAACAUCUGUAUUGCUGUACCUGAAUUUGAAAUACAAUGUCUUCCCCAGCACCCACGUCUUUCUCCUCUCCAAGACUAAGUUGAUCCACCUCUUUCUUCUUUUCUUCUUUAUCGGGCAUUCCUUGCGGUAGAAUGGAAUCUUAUGCAUCAAAAUAUUCUUGUUAGGGUGAGCUACCAUUUGCAAUGUGCUGCAACUCAUCUCUCAGGCAUUUUCCAUGGUAAUUUUCCAUGAUCGAGAAAGAUACAACCAAAUCACUUGGCUUGAGAGGAAUAAGAGUUCUUGACCCUCCUACUUCACGGCCCCAGUCCAACCGAGAGGAGACUAAUGCAAAUGGUGUGACAAAAUGGCGCAAAUUUUGAAGACUUCAAAUAAUCAUUAAAAAAAUUGCUUUUGGUGGGAAUCAAAAUAUUUUUUCAGGAAACAUCAUUGCUUGAUGUGUAGAUUCAAAUGAGAAAAUAGAAAUUUUGUUAUGGGCACAUUAAAUCUAAAAAAAGAGCAAGAAAAAAAACUUUGCGGGGGUUCUUGGGUCUGAAAAUUUCAUUCGCUGCUAACUAGCUGGAAUUGGAAAAGUAAGCUCAAGGCACUAUAUCAGGAAAUGACCAGCCUGGGAAUGUAAAUAUUCCUACAAAGUUUGGCGCUUGUAGCAAAAAUCACAUAAUUUUCUAGCUAAGCCACCGGACUAACUCCUGCUGCAAAACAAGUAACUUUUUACUUGCAAAUUUUGCGUGGUUGGUGCUCAUGGUGGAACCCAGCUUGCUCUGAGUAUUAGUGUCUGCUUAAUACUGCAACUUUAUUUUAAACAAAAUGUGGGAUGGUGUGGUUCAAUGUUCGGUACAUUUGACACAGAUUAACAUUUCACUGUACUAGCAGGCAGUUUUAUACUAAGAAUUUAACCAUUAUUCACAAUGUAUUGAGGCAGAAGGAGGAAAUAAAAUCAAGUGAAUUGUAGUUAAAGAAAGAACUUGUUACAUCUACAAUAGUUCUCACUACAUCUGCCGUGAUGAUUGAUAAACGAUACUUCUCUACGCGGGCGGGGGAAUUUAGGGUGCCUCCUUGGGUUCCAGCCUCUCCAGCCUGGGCAAUAAGUUAGUACCAGUUUUAUUUCAGUAACAAGAAAAAUUCCUUAUAGACCACCAUAGUACUUACCGGUAUUUAGUAUACUUGAAGAAAAGGCUGGGAUAAUAAUUUGAAGUAAGGCCCAGUUCAAACGUCAAACUUUUGAUUUACAGAACCUAAUUUCUUCAAUUUAGUACAUUAAUUAAGAGAUUGACGUUUCAAUCAAUUAAGUCUGUCAUGUCUUUUGGGUUGUUCCGUGAAUUAAGAUAGAGUGGCCCACAUGCAAGAGAAUUUUGUCUGUGGAGUGACUUCAUUUUAACGUCGAACCUCUCAAGUACCAAACUAAUAUGUAAUGUACUAAAAACUUUUUUCACUUGUGAGCAUUGUAGACCAUUGAACAUCGUGGAAAUGAAUUGAGUCUGGCUAAUUAAGUUUGACGUCUGAAUCAAGUGUCAAACUUGUAUCAUUUGGGUUGACGUAAAUUGGUAUUAAUUCGGUAUAUAAUAAAUUGACAUUUAACUGGGCCUAAGAGUCAAUUAGGUUGUGUUUUCAUGGACCUCCUUUUCUUCUAAUAUUUUACCCUGGCUUGCUAGAAUAGCUCUUUUUAAUAAUAAACUUCUCCUUAAGAUUUUUUUGAGGCGUUAAUGAAAAUAGAGUUGAGUUUUCCCUUCAACUGGCAGAGUGUUGUAUUUUAAUUUGUAGAUCAAAAAAGCCAUGUAACGAAAAUCAGAAAUGUAUCCCUGCCUACGGCUUCAGGAAUGUUCUCAAACUUGUGAAAGAUCCUAAGAUAUUUGAGGUAACUUGAUUUUAUUUUUUCUCGACUUUAGAGUAAUGAUUCAAUAUAUUGUUUUCUUUUCUUUCUUUUUUUUUUUUAACUUUGAAUGGAAUUAAGUUUUCUAAAUGACUCAGUACCUGCCUACCAGACGUUACUGAGAAACCAUGAAGUGUCAGUGCCCAAAGCACCAGAUUACAGUCAAACCAUUCCUUUAAGCUUCAUUGUAGACAUGCUUGCUGUCUGCUGUUUGCUGUUUGCUGUUUGCUGUUUGUUGUUUGUUGUGGAGAGGUCAUGGUGUAAUACAAUCAACUCAUUAGCAAGAGUCCAUAAUAGCUUAAUAACUUCUCUAAUUUAUUUUUGCCUGGGAUUUAGCUGCUAUCUGUUUUCACAUGGUGUCCACUAUAGCGAGAUGUCCAAAAGGCAAGAGUUGACUGGAUCUGCUAAUUGUGUGAAGCAUUAAUUUGGGAUGUCCAUAAUAAAUAGAACAUGUUGAUUGAAGUAGGGGUAAUGGAGUCCAAUCAUUGUGGGGUAAUACCAGUUUGGUCUGUUCUGAUUUUCUUUAUUGUUCAAGGUGGAAUCAAAAUGAAAAUCGACCUUAACUGUAAUCCUGUAAAUUUUUUCAUUGAAGUACCAUAAUUGUCACUAAAUGCAUAUAUGUUUAUACAUGCAUACUCAAUCAAUUCAGAAGCAAAUUGUGGAAUACAAUAGAAAAAGUAAAUAUCCUGAAGAAUACUCAACAGUCAAUAAAGUAGGAAGUGAAAACCUUUUUGUAAGGAAGUCCUGUUUCAUGUAAAAUUAAUUGCCUCAUCAUUUCUUAUCUACUCUCCAAGAAAGCUCGACUUAACGCUUUUAAGAGCGUAGUUGUUCUUUAAGUUUGAAUGUUCCUGGAAUGGGGCUUGUGGCUGGGUUAUGGGGAUUUGCCAACUGUGGGUACUGUUCUUUUUCUAGAGGUUGGCUGGACAGACUGGAAGCCCUGGGAUACCCCAGACACUCACCUUCUAUAUUUGAGGGAGAAAUUUGGUUAAUAUUCUUUUUGAAUUUUGCUGUUAAAUCUUGCAAUGACUUUGGGUGCUUUAUCUACAGGAUAGUGUUAAGGAACAGAACAUUUCUGGUAACCUUGAUGUACCUGAAGGAGGAUUUGAUGCUUUAAUGCAAGUGGCAGUCUGUGAAAAGGUGAGUGCAUGAUAUGAUGAGUCCUGUGUUGAAUGUAAAAUGUGGGAAACACAUCAAAUUGUAAUGCUUAUGAUGUGUAUAGUGUGACUGAGUUUUAGACAGUAUUACUCUCAACUUACUCGUACUGCAAAUGCCAGCUUUACGGUCAUUUAACUUUGUCUCUGUGUUAUUAAAUAAGGAAACAUUAACAAGUGUGGAUGUAGGGGUGCACUGUAUUCACUCCUUCCUGUCUUAACCGACUGAUGCACUUUUCCUUCACUAUCAGUAGAAACGAUGACUUGAUCACUUUAAUUAACCGCUCGUUAUAUACUUGGAUAAUUUGAAUAUGGACAAUAAGAUCAAAGUAGGUAAAGACUAAAGCAAAGUGGCUGCAGGCCUAACAAAAUAUUGCCUUAAAUGUGGACACCUGAAAUAUAAAACAACUUUUCAGCAUGAAAUAUGAUUUGGUCAGAUUUUCUGGAGUUAGGCCCUCACUUUUCAAAUUCAAGGGUAUACUAACAUCUGAUAAAUUGACAUAAUUUAAUCCUGGCAAAUCAGUGUUGCGCCAAAUUAUUAUUGAUUUCUGAGUGAAGUUACUGGCUUUCCCUUAAACUAUUAGCUUUGAAUUAGUGGCUCCUAGCAGCUUUUAAUCUUCCUUAGUAAAUUACUUGCUUUAGGAACAGUCGUCACAAUCAAUCUAAACAUCCCAAUGUUUUGAAAAACCUUCUAGUAAGGUAGCAAAAAUGGAUAGAGAAAAAUACUCUGCUAUUAAUAUAGUGAGAAGCUUGAUCUUGUUAUUAAGAGCACAUUGCUGAGCCAGUGUAGCAUUUAUAUAUGGCCAUAUUUCUGUUGUUGAACAGCAUGAAAGUGAGGCAGAGUGUGUCACAAUUUGUUGAGAAUCAAAGUUGUAUUUAAGUAGGUCUCUGCUAUAGUGUCUUGAGAUCUGAUUACAUUGACAGGAUAAUAUGUAAAAUAUUAAGCAAUACUUAAUUUUACCAUAAACCUGAGUUAGUUUUGUGGUCCUGCAGAAAAUUGGCUGGCGUACACGUGAAACCUCACGCCGGCUUGUUGUCUUUGUUUCUGAUGAUACAUUCCACAUUGCUGGAGAUGGAAAGGUUAGUAUUUUUUUCUAGACUAUAUACCACAGACUAUGAUUAUGCAAUGUAUAGUAUGGAAAAGAUCAACUAGAAACUUGUGACAUGGUGUGCUGUAUCCAGUGUGUAAAUUUUGGGACCCGGCUUUUACUUAGUAAAGGUUAUGCACCAAAACCAGAAGUCAUUGUUUUGAUAAAGUGUACAUAUUUGUUGCCUUAAAUUUAUUUUCUUGUUCAGGCUGUAUAGAUUUAAUGCUGUCUCCAUAGAUUCUAUUUUUGUUUCAAUAGUGGAUUUGAAAAUAUGUGUCAACAGGAAUAAUGUCAAGAGAAACUAUCAUUUUACUUGGUAGAGUAAACCUCCUCAGUAAACACACAGCUCAGCAAACAUAAUGGAAUCUGAAAGAUACUGAAACAAAUUUUUGGAUAAAUUUGGAAGAUUUUGAUCAGCGAGCUAUUGCAUAUAACCUCUCUUCAAAUAGGUGCAAUUUAUGCUUGACGGAAAAGUAUCUUUAAGCAGAAUGAGUCACUCUUGACAUAAUGGCAAAUAAAUCUAAAUGGCUUUGUUUGUACACACAAACAAAGCCUGAAGGAUAAUCUGUAAAGGAGUGGAACACUCCAUGCUAGACAGAUCACCUAUGAUGUAGCUAAUCUAAAUAAAUAAAUAUGUAAUAACAAUCAGAAAAAUAUUAAAUCAAAAUAAUAAAAACAUUAAAAACUGUCUUCAUUCCUGACUUACAAACUGCAAGACUAGGUGAUAAUCUAAUAUCUAAGGGUAUUGAAUUCCACAUUUCAACAAUAAUUCUAUUAAAAUAAGUGUAUUUAAAGUUAGUCGUUCUAGCAAAAUUUGUCCUCAAGGAAUAGUCAUCAACAUGUCUAAACCUGUAUGGGUCAUCCUGAGAGUAAAAGUUCAGAUACAUCCACAUUCAAGUAUCCAUUUAAAGCCUUAUACAAAAAUGUGACAUCAAAAAGAUAGUGUCUCUUUUCAAGCGAAAGCAAACUAAGACAUUUUAGGCCCUGGUCACAGGUAAAAUUCCUUUUUCCGAGAAUAAAUUUUGCUCCCCUCCGCUGUAUGCACUCAAGCUUGUCAAUGUUUCUUGCGCCGUAUGGCGACCACACAACUGAUCCACAUUCCACUUGCGAUCUCACCAAUGUGAGACUGAGUGAAAUCACAGAGUCCCAGGGGAUAUGGUUUAAUGUACUCCUGAGACCAUCAAAGUCUGCUUUCUUGUAACAAUUAAGACUUCCCUAUUCACUUUCUUUUGAUGUUUGAAUUUUGCAUUAAUAGGAAAAGAUACCAGAAGAUGAUCUGAAUUAAAAUUGUCAGGAUGAACAGAGACAUCAGAAACAACAUAUGUCACAAACUUAAAACUUUAACAAAGAAAACAUGCAACCACUAAUCUUUGGUAGUAAAUAGGACUAAAGGUUGUUGAGUGCAACCUGAGGUAAAGUGAGGGUGGCACCCAUUGGUGCAUGCAAUUAAGGUGGCAGCAACACACCCUAAACUGGGUAAUGCAAUGAGGGUGGCAGUGACACACCCUUGCAGUAAUAUGCAAUAGAAUAAGGGUGGCAGCGACACACCCUACGUAGUAAUAAAGGAGGCAAUGCAAGUGAGUAACCUAAGGCGUGGGGUGGGGGUCCCACCCAGCCUGCUACGCAGUGGUAAGAGUGGCAGGUGUGCACCCAAUUACAUCCCAAUUACUGCCUUGUGAACUAACAGACUAUGGAAAACUAGGAGUGCAAUGUCCUUGUAGAGGGGUCCAGGCUCAUUGACCUGAGGUGUUUGUGGCAGCCGAGCGACUUGGAACCUUCUGGAGAACAGAAGGCAGAGUUCUAAUAUAAAUGGUGAAGCAGUUGCUUGACCACCGUUGGAGUGUUUGGAUCAGCCAAGGGGGAAGCCCAGCUUCAGCUGCUGAGGUGGCUGUAUUGAUUCUAAAACUGUGGGACACAUACAGUUAUGUUGGGAAACCAAGAUGCUGGGUGCAAGGAACACCAGUAACUUUGGCUCUGGUAAGGUGGCUGCCAGACGUAAAGAGGAGAUGCACUGCCAGUUGGAUGCAAAGCAAGGUACUUUCUGAGUGCACGGAUAGCACAGACUGAACGAUGUGAGGGGGCAGUCAAUAAUGAACAGCCCGAAUGAUAAGGGUCAGUCGUGGUUUACUUGAGAUGCAAUCCAAGGCACCCAUUUGAAGUGAAGGAGACGUCAGUGGCGGAAAGGUGCACUAGGGGAUUGAAUUCUGAUGCUGAAGGUGAGGUGAAUUCACUAGACUGCUGGAAGUUGUAGAAGGCUAAUGUAAGGGCAGACCACAGCAUCAGUUUAUCAGAUUGCUGGAAAUCAGGUGCAUGAGAUACCUCCUCCUUAAUCUGCCGAAGAAGGGACAUGGUUACAGGGAGGUGCUGAUGAGAUGUGAGCCCCAUGGUGUGCUUGAUUCCACACAGAAAGAGAUGAAGGUGCGGUGCUGAGGAGAAGGGGUUCAGUAUGCUGUUUUCAGUGUAUAUAAAACAGAGGCCAGUCAUGUAUAACUUUAUGGUCUUGUAGAAGUCUUGGUCAGCCAAGAAGGGGGCAAAGAAGUGUAGUGUGGUCUAAGUGGCCGGGAAACUUUGCCAUCCUCUGGAGGCACAGAAGCCAGAGUAUCUACGAAUGCCAGCCUGGUAGGAGCGGCGGGUUGAGUCUGCAAGGUGCAUGUCAAGGGGGUCUCGGGAAGAGCCUGAUGCCCAAAUGUCCACUACUGCUUGAUUGUCGCAGUGAAAAGGAGCUUCACUUCAGACCACUGAUCACCCCAGAGGAGACAUGAGAGAACGUUGGGGUAAAGCUCUUUCCAUUGGAUUGAUCGAUUCUGGAGGCUAGGGGUCAGCAGUCCAAUGACCUGCAUAGAAGAUGCCAUAGCCAAUACUUCCAGAAGCGUCAGUGAAAAGCUCCAAAUUUGGUGCUCUCGUCCCAUGGGGGUCUGGGAUGAUGGCAUGCCUGCUCCAAGGGAGAAGAAACUGUAGCCACCGAUCGAUGUCGCUAUGGGCUUCGCAGUUCAUGGUGACAUGGUGGUGUGGGAGGUGUGCGGUGGUAGAGAGAUCAAUAUUAGAUGGCAUAAAUUUGGAAGGGCCAACCAUAAAAUAGUCAUCGAGAUAAUGCAUGAGGUCCUGAAUGUGAUAGUUGGUCUUCAGGAGCCACUGAAAGGCAUCGGCUAAGCGAUUGAAGAGGAAGGGGAGGAUUGCAAACCGAAGGGGAGGCGGUGAUCGAUGUAAAAGUUGCCCUGCCAGUGGAUGCCAAGUAGUUUGCGGUCCUCCGGGCAGACAGGGCAGAGUCUAAAAGCAUGUUCCAAAUCCACUCUCAUGCAAUAGAAUCCACAGAAACAGCAUUGAUUCCAUGAAGGGCUGCAACAUGGUGGUCGCCAAGUCACCAGUGGCAUUUAUAUGUAUAUUUUCUGCUGGGAAAGGACGAUGUUGUGGACUUUCUCGGCUCCCUGCUUGUGAACGGCCUCCAAGAAAGAAAACAAGGAAUAAUGACGAUGGGCCAGAAUCCAACAGAAAUUAUGAAAAAACAAAAGGUCAUGAACAUUUCAAAGCAGCUAGAUGAAUAUUUGGUUGAUAUGCUAGUCCACAAAUACCAGUAAAACUUGUUUGGAUGAGCAAGCUAAAUUUCAUUGUCAAUGUGGCUGCUCUUUUUUAUGGAGAACACUGAAUACAGUAUUUACCUACUAGGAAAAUUUGUCGGUGAUAUCGAGGGUUCAUUAUAUCUAAAACCUCGAUUUAACAAAUUUUUGUGAAAAAAAAGUAAAAUGUUUGUUAAUUUCCAACACCCAGCAUUUUUGGAUCUGAACAAUUUCUGUAAUAAACAUGUGUAUACAAAGCUAUUGUCUCAGUUCAGAGCUGUUCAUAGCUAUGGCACUAGAAACACAAGAACAGGCAAACAAACUUGCUUAAAAGUACUAUACACAUAAAUUUUAUCCUUGCUGGUCUGUUUCACAUUCAUCUUUAGCUGUCUUUCGGUCACAUGUUGACAUUUAUUCAUUGUAUCGAUCGAGAUAUAUUGUACGUUUGCAUUUCUGGAAUGUGUUCGUUAUAAUGAGGAUUUCAUUAUAUUGAGGUUCUCUUCCAUACAUUUUAUUGUAAUUUCGGCCAGGCUGAAGAAAAUCGUCCGUUAUACUGAGGACUUCAUUUUUUAGAGGUUCGUUAAUUUAAGGUUCCACUGUAAUAAAUUUCAGUGCACAUUUUUUUUUUUAGUUCUUUUACCGUUAAAGUCCGUUAAACAUACAUUCCUGGAAAUAUAGUGGAAGUUGAGGGCCACUUAAUUUUGACCUGGGCAACUUAGAAAUCAAAUUAACUGGCCCGGCUGGCCACCUGGCCCGGCUGGCCACCGAGCACUAAAGUUAAUUUUCAUCCCUGUUCUAUGGUAACCACAUUUUCCUUUUUCUGUAAAAGAUAAUAUAUAAUUGAGCAUUAGGAAAUUUUAUCUGAAGAGUGCUGCACCAGUUGUGUUGAAUGUCAAAUCUACAUAGUGAAAAAUGUGAAGUCAAAUCUUUAGUUGGGCAGCCACUGCCGGUCUGUCUUCAGCCAUGAUCAGAGUGAUUGCGAUCAACAUUGUCUUGUUAUGCAUGAUAUUCUUUUUAUAUUCUUUUAUUAGCUUGGGGGUAUUGUCACUCCAAAUGAUGGAGAAUGCCACCUUAAUUCAAAUGGAGAAUAUGACAAAUCUAAUGAGCAGGUAUAGUUAAACCACACUAACAAAAAAAAGCAUUAAUUUAAUAUGAAGAGAUGUUAGACAGUUCAUAUCUACCUUAACAACAUGAAAUCAUGAUUAUUUUUAUCUGCCGUGUUUGUAAAUCCUACCAAGCUAUUUUUUUGCGUGCUAUAAAAAAUUUUUCUGAAGGUAUCUGCUUUGGAUGGAGUAGCAGUAAUUUGUUAUGGUUGCAUGUAUUCAUAAUUUAUUUAGCCUCUGAGAAAGAUGCUGAGAGUUUUGUUGAAGAGCUCCUCAUGAAGAAAUCAUUGAUGGUGCUGUAGCUAAAUCACAAUGUAAGACGGCACCCGGUGCAUGACUGAUAUGUAUGUGACUUGAUAUUGCUUUGUCCCUCUUGCAGGAUUAUCCCUCCCUUGCACAACUUCAUGAGAAACUUCGGGAUAGCAAUAUUCUACCAAUAUUUGCAGUGACAGAACCCGUUAGUGAUCUUUAUCAGGUAGCCAUCUUAUUAUUUAUUUUAUUUUCAUUUAUAUUUUAUUUAUAUUUUAAAAAUUUAUUAUGUUGUGUUAUGUUUAUAUGUUUAGAAUGUUGUGCUUUUGAUGAUUUACAGUUUGAAACUUUAACUAUAUUGCUACUUAACAUAAUAUUAACAAACAAGUGAUUUACGUGUUUUUUUUAAAUAAAUGCCACCCUUGAAUAAACACGGCAUCAGAGAUGCUAAAAACUUAAUAAAACCGUGAUAUUUAAUAACGUAAAUACAGUAUUUAAGGAUGGGUUCCUUUUAGAACCCCUAAACAACAUAGCAAAUUCACAAAGCAAUAAUUAUUACACUGCCUUUCAUUGUGACUGUGUAUGUUUGUUAACACACUCAAUCAUCUUAAUUUCUUUUCAAUUUCUUUAUCUCCACCUUUUGUGUGGUGGCUGGGUGUGAGACACAACUUGCUGUUCUUGGAAUCGUCUUGAUGGAUAAUAUUUUAUUCAAGUUGGUUUUUAAUUGUGUAGAGUUUGAGCACUAUGUGGAGUGAUGUGGGAGCUGUGGCUGGAAAACUUGAUGACAAUUCUUUAAAUGUUGUUUCUCUUAUUGCAAGUAAAUAUGAGGUAUGGUACUUGAUAAACUUCCAGCUGUUGUUUAACUUGAUCAACGCGGCAUAAAUUCCCCCAAAAUUAUACUGUAUUAUCUUCAUUCAGGGUAGGAAAAAGUCCAGGUCCAAUUGCCUGGCGCAAGUAAAUUGCGAUCUUGGGCAAGUAAAAAUAGAAGUCUAGUGGCCCAGUGGGCAAGUGAAAUUAGACACAGUAUUCCUAUGGGUCUGUCUGAAAGUUUCAACUUUAUCAUUUGUAAUUUCCAGAAAGAGUCUAUUUCAAAACUGAAGACUGCAAGAUGAGUGACAAAAUUAGUUGAAAGCAUGAAUCAAUUUAAAAUCCAAGUGCAUGUUUGCUUGCUCUUGUUACUCUACUGACCACCAUAAUGGUCAAAUCCAGCAGUUACUCUGUAUCUGGCAUAGUAUUUAAAACCAGUAGUCUCUACACACUUUGUCAUAAUAUAUUGAGCAAUUAUUGAAUGAAGCUGUGUAGGAUGUGAAGAAUAAUGCAGAUCGAGGCAAGAUAACAUCAACUGAGAUCUGCAUAAUUCGUCACAACACGCGAAAGCUAAAUUCAAUAAUUGUUUUAUUAUUCAUUCAAAAUAUUUUAAAGUUCUUAACAAGCUUACCUCUUCGUAGACUUUCGUCUAAACUUUGGCCUCUUUUUUGCCACAAUUUCAGGAUAAAACCGUAGGUUUUUUUUGCAGAUACUUUUGAAAAAGUAGAUAAGAUAUAUUCCAUCAAGCAAUAUGUUUUGCGUAUGAUUGCUUUCCUUCAGGCAGGUACAAAAGUCGGACCGGAUCAACUCGGACCGCCAGUCCGGGUCGGAUCAACUCGGAUCGACUCGGACCAACUCGGAUCGAAUAAAAAAAUAAAAAUAAAAUAAAAUUGGACUCGGAUCAUUAAAAAAAACCAGAUCGGAUUAUAAAAAGAAAAAUAAAAUCAGUCGGUAUCACUUAACUUUCACCCGUCAUUUUGUUUUUUUCUCACGAACUCGUGUCGUCACGCAACGCUCCUCCCCACAAACGGCUGCUGAAAGCCGAACCACAUUCCUUUCCCGAGGUUAGCCAAUUAGAAUUCAGUUCCCAUUUUCUGGAAAGUGUUUGCGCCAGAAGUUUCAUCCAAUCACAGCCUUGCUUUUAUCGGUACCCUAAAUGUGGACAAAGCAAAGCAAAAUGGCCGCGCUAGAGGAAGCAUUCAUUCGAGUGGCUUCCUUAUUUAAGAUUUUGGAACUAAAUGCGCAACAAAAGCGGGCAAUUCAAGCAAUUGUGGUCGAUAAGAAGGAUGUCUUUGUAAACUUGCCGACUGGGUUCGGAAAAUCGCUUAUUUAUCAAGCUCUCCCGUUCGUGUUUGACCAUGUAAACAAGAGUGCAGGUCACAUUGUUGUAGUUGUGUCGCCAUUGGUAAGCCUCAUGGACGAUCAGGUUAAAAUUCUAACAGAUCUUGGAUUGUCUGCAAUAAGUAUCAGUUCACAAGAGGAGUUAGACGUUACAAAGAUUGAGAAGGGAGAAUAUUCUAUUGUCUGCGGCUCACCUGAGGCAUGGCUAAUGAAUGAUCGCAGGGGAGGAGCGUUGCGUGACGACACUAAAAAGGGCUGUGUAGCAGACUAACGACCCUCCGAAUACUUAACAGUUAAUGAAUGAGGCUGAGUAUCUUAUGAAGAAUUAUGGAGAUCGAGGAGGGUGUUAUCCGUCGAGGCCGUAGGCCAAGGUGGAUAACACCCUCCGAGAUCUCCAUAAUUCUUCAUAUGAUACGAAAGCCGAAUUCAAUAACUGUUUCAUUAUUCAUUCAAAAUAAUUCCUAGUUUAAAAACAUAUCUAAAGCAUCCUUACCUCCAUCGAUCCAUCGAUGUUCAGUUAAUCUUCGAUAGUGUACGUUUAGGUUUGUCCAGCUACGCAAAUAUUCUCCAAAUAGCAGAUGGCGCCCUUUGAGUUGUCUUCUUGCUGUUCUGGCCAUGCUUUUAGCCAUUUUUUCGCCUAGUUCUUACUCUUGAAACGAGUGAAAUGUCCGCCAUUUUUUCAAGUUCACAACCAAAACAACUCAACCUCGUCCCCAGGUCUUCUCGGUUAACGGUGCCUUAACCUGCGAAAACGCUGCAUUUUUGACGUCAUUUCUUCGUUAAAGUCAAAAUUCUUCCAAAUUUGGUCAUCAGUAACUGGUUAUGGUGAAUUAAACGCAACCUCGUUCCCAGGGUCUCUCAUCUUCCCGCCCAAGGGAGCUUGGGCGGGAAGAUGAGAGACCCUGGGAACGAGGUUGAAUUAAACGUGUACUUUUAGCCAAUCAGAAUCGGGGAAAUAUUUUGAAGGGAUAAUACGUGUUUAUCGGACGUUCCAACCACUGAACCGGAGGGUCGCGAGUUCCAUUCUUGCCCGGGGCAUGGAAAUUUCCUUUGUCCCGGGCGAGCAUGGUUUCUCCUCCUUCCAAGUUGAAAAUGUUCACUGGAAAUGUAUCUGUAUCACUAGUGUAUCAUUAAAACUAAGUUUCAGAAGUCUUGCAGAAAAAAAACAAACAGGAACAAACAAACAAACACUCUUUGGUAUUAAACUAUCUAAAUGCGAUCAACAGACCACAGAGACCAGGCUUUUGAUGCUUUUCUCAUAAAUAAUUCGGUACACUUAUUAAUCAAAAAUUAUGCGCAUAACUUAUGAUCACGUUCACCUCGACUUCUUUAGCUGCAAUAAAAUAAAAAAAUAAGCAAAUAUGUAUUCUAGGCGACUGAAACUAUCAUUUUCUUGGAAUGAAGCAAAUUCAUUGAGAAAGAUGGUCGAGAUUUUACCUUCCUCGAGGUCAUCCAUAUCUGUGAAGCAGAGCGCGUCGUGUAACGCAACCACAAACAACCACGAGUUUAUAACAUGAUCCAAGAGGAACUGGCACUAGUAAAACAAAAUGGCGCCUGAUAGCCACGGAGACAAAAAGGAUGAUCUGGCCUUUUUUACUCUCCAAAUGGGUUAAACUUUCAGUUUUUCUGAUUUAAUUUAAUUUUUUUGAUUGCUCCGAGUUGAUCCGAGUCCAAUUUUGUUUUAUUUUUAUUUUUUUAUUCGAUCCGAGUCGAUCCGAGUUGAUCCGGUCCGACUUUUGUACCUGCCUCUUUCCUUCCGUUCAGUUUUAGUCAGAGGUUCGGCUAUUGUGUCUUCGGACAGCCACAUGCCAUUUUUUCAGUUUCCUCGUGAAUAAACAGCUGGGCCACCGAGCUUGGAAAUUAUAUAAUAAUAAUAAUAAUAAUAAUAAUUAUUGAGUUUUAUUAAAUUUUCAACCUCGGAUAAUGCAUUUCUAGCAUUCUGAUUGGUUCACUCAAUCUCGGUUAUCAGCUCAUGUACCUUAGUUUGUCCUUGUAUGGAAAACAACAAAAUUUCUCUCGGGCAAAGCAGCAGAAAACAGUAGAUUUUGCGAGCUUUCUACCGCCACAAACUUUGGUUUGAAAUUAUUUCAUGGUACUCCAAAGUUUCCUUACAAAUUCACAUUAUGUAAAGAAAUUUUAUAUAAGCUAAAUUCUUCUGUACGUCGAGCUGAUUAUGCAACAACAAUAACAACAAAGUUUACCUAAAAAAUUUGCAGAAUGGCUGGUAAGUCCUUGCAGGAGUAAGUUUUCAAAACCAUUAGAAGAUUUGUUUUUCGUAUUUGAAGAGCUUUUACACGUCUUAAAACUUUGGUAAGUCCAUAACGGACCUUAACGAACCUCAAGUGAAUCCUACAACGCGGCGCGGCUUUCCAUUGAACAACAACAACAACAACAACAACAACCAAUUGAUUAAUGAAGCUGGAUCUUUGUGCGGCUCCGAUUCAGUGGAGGAAGAAAAUGAAAUUGAAGAGCAAUUAGGUAGACCUCUGCAGCGUCAUGCGAUUUUCAGUCAUCUGUAAUUUGAAUAGUGUGAGAUAAAAUGAACCACAAACCAUGGGAAUAAUAUUGUUUUUUAUUUCCCUGUGCAGGAAAUUGUGUCUACAGUCCGCCUUGAGUACAAAGCACCAGAGAAAGUGUCAGUUACUGUUAAAGCUAAGUGUGGGUGAGUAAAGAAAAGACAUUUUCUGUCACUCCAACAGCUUUUUCUGGGUGUUUUGGCUGAAUUUCUCUCAACAGUUUGGUGAAUGUUUGACCUGGUUUUCAUUGACCAAGAAAAAUAGACGUCUUGAAUUCAAACAUGAGUACAGUGGAACUUUGAUUAUCCAGACCAAGUGUUAGAUUUCUGUAUGUGGUAUUGUACUUAUGUCUCGCUUUUGACUGAAAAUAAAAUUAAUUAGUUCUACAAUCUUAAUCAAGUCCCUAACAAUUUCUCUGUGGAAUACACGACACUCAGCAGGGGUCAAUUUAAGACGGAAGCCGUUAGGAAAUUGAGUAAUUUUAAUUUUCAGUGGACAAAAACCUUUAUUUAAACAAUAUCACAUUCCUUUUUACAUUUUUCAAGGGCUAUAGAUGUAAUUAGUUAUCUGUAAUAACACCAAAGAAAAUUUCUUGGAAGCCAGAGAAAACGAUUGUCAAAUUUCACAAAAUGACAUCUUACACAUGAAAUUUUCAGAAUUUUACCCGUGUUUUCAUAGUUCUUGUGAAAUUUGACAUUUAUUUUCUCCGGCUCCCAUGAGAAAUAGCCUUCAGUGUUAUCAUUCGAUCACCAAGUUUAUUUUUUAUGAAUAUCUUUGGGAAGCGAAACGAUCUGCCUUUUUUCACGAUAUCACGCGUGGUUUCGUUUACGCAUGAGCAGAAUGUUAUUUGCAGCCAAACACAGUUGGAUGACAUUGCGCAUGAUCAGACCAUUAUUUGUAGGCAGUUAUUUGAAGUUCACGUGGUGGGUUUUCAGCCAAUGAAAAGGAAGAAAAAUUUGCAUCGAAUGAUAAUAUACUAUAUCUGUAGCCCUUGAAAGGUGUAAAAAGGAAUGCGGUAUUUUUUAAAUAAUUUAAACAAUAUUAUUCUGGUACAAGGUUUUUGUCCACUGGAAGUUGAAAUUUUCCAAUUUUCUGAUGGAUUCAGUCUUAAUAAUAAUACUUUUACAAGUGCAAUAUAAAAGUGCAGCUAUUGUUUUCAAAGUCAAAAACAAUCCCCAGGGCUGGGUUUGGAUUAUGGAGUUUCUGUUAAUGGAAAAUGUUUAUAUGCUAUCGUUUUGUAAGAUGGUAGGUCAGUUCAGCUUGAUGUUGGUUCUCAACCUUGCUUGCAGUGUAUUUUUCCAGGCACUCCAGAAAUGAAGAGCAUACUAAUCAUACAUGUGCACUGAUUGCCAUUUUUGUCUGAACACAUGCUUUAAAUUACUAUUCGUCUCUCUGAAACUGUUACUAACAAAAAGGGGCUACCAUUUGCAAACUUAGGUGCAUUCUCUUUUAUUUUUAUGUCCAAUACAUUGAGGGAGUUUUUAAAUUAUGUCUUUUAGAGGUAGUUCAGUGAGUAUUCAGAGCCCGAAGUGUUCCAAUGUCAAACUGGGGCAGACGGUAAGCUCUUGUGUCAGUCAUUUUAUGGAUGAAAAUGGUGAACCUGUAACCAAGUGCAUCAACAAGUAUUUAUAAUUUUUUUUUGAAAUUAGAUCCCUUCCUCCCGGCCGACAACGGCCACCUUUCUUCUGUCCCCAAGGUGGCCGUGGUGGAGAAGUUUUACACUUAGCAACUCUUGCUUUACAACAUAUCAAAAGUCCUAAAUUGGAUUCUAAUCAGGGCCGAGUUGUUCAAAGCUGGGUCAAGAUAACCCAGGGUUAGUGCAAAAUUUGAAUUCAGAUUUGAAAGCUUAAAAAGUAAAUUGAUUCGCGCUGUGCGUUUUGCAGACUUCGAAGGAUUUUUGGGUUUUUCUGUUCCGUCAAUCAUCUUAGCGGGCCUCGUAGGAAGCACAUGUAAACUUGUUCAGGUUCAAAAGGUCAUGGUUUGUGAUUCGUGAUUGGUGGAUUUCGAUCCGUUUUGUUUGUUUCGUGUUUCAAGGUUCGUUGCUUUGUGAUCGCCCUGUUUUGGGGAAUAAUCGAAUAGUUAAGUUUGCUUCGCAGAUAAUCCUGAUCUUUCUUAUUCUUGUCACUUGCAAGAAUAAAGCAACGUCUGCCUACUACGUGCGACAAAAAAUGUACUCACCAUUGCGAUUUCCUUCGCUAUUCUUGAACAAUCUAGAGUCAUUCUCAGCCAAGCUUGGCGAGCAUGUUACAUUGUGAUUUGCAUUAACCCCGCCUUCACUAAAAUGAUUGACGGAACAGAAAAACCCAAAAUCCCUUCGAAGUUUGCAAAACGCGCAGCGCGAUACAACGAAUUUCGCUGUAAUUCUUUUUGUCUACAAUAUGAUGAUUGGAUGAUCUUGAAGAAUAGAGAAGAUUAUCCGAGAAAAUACUUUCGAGUAAAAUAAAAGAUACCCAGAUUAAAAUUCAACCUCAGGUUAAUACUAAUCGGCCUUUCAACAACUGUGCCCUGGAUUUGUUGAAGUCCUAGCACCUUAGACCUCUUGUUGAUACCACAUGGUAAGAAGGCUAACUAAACCUUUCCUGUCGUAAUGCUUAAUAUGAAAACGUUUUUAAGUGAAAUUUUAAAUACAAAGAUGUUUCUUACCAUGUAGCAGCUAGAGACUAACAAAAACAAACGAAGGAUAAAAUCCAACAAUUUUGAGCCAACAUGAUGCUUUGAGCCAUUACCUUGGAAGUGCACAUAAACCGUGCGUGUGCAGAUCCGCAUCCCUUGUACCGCAUGUGACGUCAUCAGUUUGUGCAGUCAAGCACAACUUCGUCAUCCACUUUGUGCAGGGAAAAAAGAUCUUCAGACCAUGAGAUUCUAUAAGCUUCCCAAAAACCUUUUCCCAUCGAAAUGUAGCCUAGUAAAUGCUCAGCAAAAGGACAAGAAAAGCGACUGUGAAACUUUGAAAUGUACUGUUGGUAAUAACUGAGGGAAAGAUAGUCUGCCUUUCCUAACUGGUAAUAUUAUUGUUUCUUCAACGCAGGUUACUUUUGAUAUCUCUGUGAAGUUAGAUGAGUGUCCUGAAUCAGAGGCUGAGAGGCAAAAAAGGUAAACAAAGUCCUAGUCAAAAUGUCAUGAUAAGAUCUGCAUAUUAAUGGUAUUUAACACUCCCUACAUGAUACAUGAGUUACCACCCGACAAUUUUAAGCAUGCGGUGCAGUUGCCAUAACCUGAUUGAACCCCAGUGCCCAUAUGCCUCACAGAAAACAGCGGCACUUCAGGCUAUAGACUGUGCAAUGGAAACUUAUUGUGUUUGUUAAUGGUGAGUGUGUUGUUUUUAUAGCCUCAAAAUUUCAGUGCCAGGGUUUGGAUCUGUAACGUUGGAUUUGAGUUUUAUAUGUGAAUGUCAGUGUGAACAACCUAGCAUGAAGGUAUGUUGAACUACAAGUUCUUUGGCUGCUAUCUGCAAAAUUUUUUUUCCUACAUUUAAUGUUUGCUGGUUAGGUGUAUGUGAGUUAAGUUUUAUUAUUCGACCUUAUUUUAGCAAAAUAACAGCAAAAUUUGCAAUGGAAAUGGCACAUUGAGUUGUGGAAUAUGUGAAUGCAACCAAGGAAGGUGAGAGUGGUGACCCUGUGCAUAUGACUUCUCAGCUUGGUCAGUGCUUUAACCAGCUAGUUCAUAAUUUACAACAUAUCUAUCUUUCUGAAACAGAUUUGGAGAACUCUGCCAGUGUAACACACCAUUUGAGAAAACAGAUCUAUCAAAAUGCAAGAGGUGGGUACUGUUUUGCUUGUCCAUUUUCCUGACAUGUAUCGUGCCUAUGCUAACUAAGGGACAUUUGUCAGUGUGCCAGGAAAAAUGAUAUAGUAGGUUCUCAAAGCUAUUCGAGGUUCGCAAAUACGCAAAAUUUGGCGUAUUUUACACCAAAAUUGUUCAGAUGACUCCACUGAGGUUACGGAGGGAGUCACUUCGACUCUAAAGAUUUUCGGUAACAAACAGGGAGCCACUUCGACUACAGAAAUUUUCGGUAACAAACACAGUUUUGUCCUUACCGUUUUCACAACAAAUACAAUUUACGUUAAUUGUGAACGUUGUAAACCUUAAUUAAAACAUUUAAGAAUUAUACUGCACGACAAAACAGGAAGAGGGUAAAUUACGAUCAAAGCUUACUCGGUGACCGCCAUCAUGGCUUUGCAACCUCGUCCCAGGGCUUUUCCCUUAGUCAGCGGACCGCUACAGCUACUUUGUGUAUCCCUCACGAUAUUGUAUCCAUACCAGGGCCACGUGCUGGAAAGUCUGAAAUGGCUUUUUUCGUUGUGAUACUUGACCCCAGUUAUUCCAAAAUGUCUCCAAAAUUUGUGAAGCAGAAGUCACACUAACUCCACUCAUCAAUAAAAUUUGUAAACCAUGGGCUAUUGAAGAGGCUAUCUUUCGCUCCUAGCUGACGAUUGAGAGUUUCAAGCUCUUGGAAUUUAUCUGCACUUGACGGUACAAGGUGGAAUAUGGUGGCGUCCGAAUGUGUCGUCGCAGUAGGCAACUGAAAAUUAAAUUAAUAUUACAUAAAGGGUUACUAUACAAAUCAGUUUCAGUUGAACCGAUGACAAGCAAAUAUUGACUUCCAAUUUGUGUUGCGGCUAUAGCUAGUAAGGCAGCUUCGAAACUUCGAUGCUUGAUCGGUAGGUUGCAUAACGAAUAUCUUGCUUUUAAAUAACCACUCACCUGACCGAUUUUUCCCGCGUCGCGCAAAGUGGAGGUGUCGGCGCUAAGGUAAUUAAAUGUUAAAAAAAAAAAAUCUAAACAAACAGCUUGAAAAUGCGAACCAGGCUAUGUCACAAGGAUAUUGCUGUUUUUGGUCUAUUAUGUGCGAAAGUCAUUACUUAGUAACAUACAUACACAAAUGAAAUGCUCCUGUAGAGUUAUGAAGUUUUAAAGUUAAGUCAAGUCAAGCGUACCCCCUAAGAUUACAUUAAUGAAUUUAUUAUUCGAAAGUUGAAUCCGUUGGUAGUUGUAGAUUUCAGAUUCAUGUCGAUUCAUUUCUGCAUUCUUGCAUGCGUAAUGAGCCGUGAAUUCACACGCGAGUCAGUUGCGAAAUUUCUACCAGCUAAGUUUCCCUGAAUUUGAUGUAAAUGUCUUCUAUGAAAUUUAACCCAUUUAAAGAUUUCAGUCUGACCAAAUACAGAGAAGUUCUCGUAGAAUUUUCACAGCUCUUUACGCAUGCAGUAAUGCCGAUUUGAAUUUGACACUAGUUACCGGAACAACUAACGGAUUAAUUUUUCAAAUAACAGUUCAUUAAUAGAAUCGUAAGAGGGUCUGCUAUCCUUCCCUCCUGGUCUUUUAACAAACAACAGCAAACAGUUUCAACGCCUAAAUAUUUUCUGCAAUAAAAAGAUAGCAAAUAAUAUGACGUAGCCCCAGUGAACCCGGAUAAAGGGAGUAACCAAAGUAUAAAACAUUGUUUAAGUGUUGUCUGUAUACAAUUGGCAGGUAACUACUAGUAGUAAUCGAAGCUUAGGAGAGUGCGUUCAAUAUGCUUGUUAGGCGUACAGCUAGCAAUUUGAUCAUGGUAUAUAUUUUAAACGUAAGGACUGCUUACAGCGAAACUUCUAUUUAAACUGUGUAUCACUAUGAAAGAGUCUUGAAAGCUAGUGAUAUAGUAUGGUUCGUCUCAACAAGUGCAGUAAUUUUGUCGAGUGUGUUGAGUGGAGCUCCUGUCGGCUGUUUAUAAGUUUGGCACAGAGCCACUUUUCUAGCUAUUCUAAUUGAAGUGGCUCGUUGGAUCACCAGUCGAUUCCAAGGUAUAUCAUUCAAUCCAAAUAAAUACCAUAUACCUAAAGUGUUCGUUUGUCCGGUGCCGAAAAUAUCACAAGUCAUGAUGAAAUGGCGCUACCAAGCUUCACAUCUCGGUAGAUUUAUUUUGUGGCACAACGGCCGCCGAGCUACACAACUCGGUAGAUUUACUUUGUGGCACCGACGACCGCCGAAACUUUUGAACAAUGAACAUUUUGGAAGAUUCAGGAAACACAGAUCGAUAGUAAACUUACAGUAAACUCUUAAAAUAUGUUCGCUUUACGAAGAUUCAGCAAACUUUUAAAAGAUGAACGCUUUACGAAGACAGAAUAGCAGUUGAAAGAUGAACGCCGAGGACACACGAAUCACCAUGUGAGUUAGUGCGUCAAAAUGAGGCAAAACGUAAGCCAGCGCCUCAAAGCGAGGCAAAUGUGUGUCGACACAAAUGGCACAAGACGCUACGGAGCGUACACUUCGGCGUCGUGGUUGUGGAACUGAUUAAUUAUAAAUGCGGAGGAAUAGUAGGAAAUGAAAUAUGGUAAGAGUAAGGUGUUAAUUUGUGAAAUUAUGGGAUUUGUCAGGAUAUUCUGAAAAGAGCAACAUCCAAGAGGCUUACUUACCAAAAACUAGCAUUUCGGGACAAAUUGUCUCUGAGAUACUAGCUCAGUUAUGCUCUGAUGACUCCAUACAAAUCCUUCUAAAUUUGACUUGGGCCAAAAGUUUAGACCUAAGUCAAAUAUGAGGUUACUGACGGUGAAUAACAAGUCUAACAAAACAAACAGUGAAAAAAGACUUCUCUAUUUUUCUUAGUCACAUCAGGCUUCAAAAACAGCAUAGCAGUCUCAUGCACUGAUUAAAGAUAUGUAAGGCAUAGGUAAGGAGUCAAUUACGUUGAGCAUGGAAUUGGCUAAAACUCAAUGUUACGAGUUCGAAUGUUUUGAGGAUAAUUAUUCACUGACUAUCAGCACGAAGGGAUGUCGGAUUAACACAAAGGAACACAAAGGAACAUAGCCUUUACAGAGCUUUAAAACACAGCAUCCGCCAACACAAACUUGACUUGAGCUUAAGUAAAACUACAUAGCCUCUGCCAAUAGUAACAAACUCUCACUCGAACUUCAGGUAUCUUACGGCUUCCGCCAACUUCUCCAGCUCGUGGGAAAAAACUUAGUUCGUGAAAAGAACUCGCUUGGAACUUGUGUACCGUUUAACAUGAGGUUCUAGAAAAUAGUAAACAGGCGAAUAGUAGUAGCUUUUCGACAUAUUUUAUGAUUUCAGUAACUGAUACAAAUCUGCUGACUCAUGCUGAAAUGUAAACAUGCCCUAAUAAUUAUUCAUGAAUAAUCCAAAAACGUAGAGAAAGUUUGAGAAAGUCACGCAAUGCAUGAAAGCAAUUUCACUACGGAACACUCAACAAAGACAAAAUGACUUUGUGCAGCAGUUCGAAAAGAGGGCUCACUCGUGAAAUGUUUUUCAACACUCGAAGAGCAAUUUCGUGUCUCUGCGUGGCAACGUAAUAUCCUCUAUUUAUUCCUCGAGUAAAUUUAAGACUAAACUCGAAUUGAUCUCAAGAUAUCACGAAGUAGUCCGGUCUCAUUUCGUGAAAUAGCCGAAACAAGCCGAAAAGUCACGAACCUGCACGUUCAAUCUUGUCCCGAAACUAGUGCAUCAUUUCAUAACUGUUUUUCACAUCCCGAAUUACCCUGGGUCGCAGUAGCGCAAUCGGCUAAUCCCUCAACUUAGAAUCUCCUUUGAUCUGACGGGUCACAGAGGUGAGUCGGUUCAAGCCUCGGGAAAGCCAAAAUAAUAAUCCUUUCUUCCUCGAAAACGUUAAAGAAUAAAUCGAAGAAAUUGAAGUGAUCUCGAAAUAUCUCGAACUAAUUCGGCUCUCACUUCGUCAAGUAGCCGAAUAAAACCGAAAACCUACAGACUUUGCGUGCCCAAUCUUGUCAAAAAAAGUCAACUUUCAUACAUUCCUGAGCGUUGCGAAUCUUUUACUUCGAGCUCCGCCGAAGUAAGAACCUCGCUUGUUAAUUGCAGAGGACACCCAAUAAUGCACAGAACACCCAACCGAAAUUAGGGGUUGCGUUCUCGUACCUCGAACGCAAUAGUAAAAAAUUAUUAUGGUUGUUACCCACAAUAUUUUAUAAAUUAUUCCUCGUUCAUUGUUGAUAGUUGAUGCUCUGUCGGUGUCUGUAUCAACAAGCUGUCUUUUCUUUGCAGGACUAACUCCUCAGAUGAGCUCCCUUGUAGUGGCAGAGGUGAAUGUGUUUGUGGAAAAUGUGUUUGUAGAUCAGUAAGUAUAACACAGUCUGUUAAAAAUAAUCAGAGAAUGGAAAAAAAAUGCCGUGGUCAUAGCUUAUUCAUGAAUGAGUUUAAUCACCCAUAGUUCGUAAAGACAGCAUAUUUGAUUGUGCAUUCCUUAAUACAUGAUCCUCUCUCCCAGCGGAAUGAAUUUUGAGAUGUAGAAAUGAUAUUAUUUAUCCUGAUAUUCGGUUUAUAUCAAUUACAGGAGCAGGGAAGGCGAUUUUAUGGGGAGUUUUGUCAAUGCAAUGACUUCUCUUGCCCUGAAGAUCAAGGCGAACUGUGUGGAGGUGAGUGAGGAAGGUUUUUGCUGUGCUGACUUUGAAUCAGGACCUGAUCACAGACGUUGCUGACUGUUGUCCACCAAUUUUUCCCUUUUGUCUUUUAUUUGUAUUAAAAAUAAUAAGUGUAUAUCUCCACACAUCCUGCCUGGGAGGGGAGGGACGGACGGACGGACGGAUAACCAAUACUUUGCAGCCCGAUAGCUGAAUUGCUUAUUUACAAAUGAUCGAACUGAUAAAAUGUCUAUAUAAAACUAAGUACAGUAAAUAUAACAGUAUAAAAUAUAUGAUAAAAGGACUAAAAAUCUACGUAUCUUAUCGCUGCAGGAUCUAAUAAUAAAACUGUUCCUAAAACGAUCUGUCUUGCAUUUAGGUAAGAUGAAGCGCCUGUUGCACCUUAAGGCAUAACGUGACGGUCCACUAAAUUGUAUGAACCUGUUAUUAACCAGGGAAAUUCAGACGGUGUUCAGGAAAAUUAAAAUAAAUGUUUAUCCAAUGUUUCAGGUCCCGAACAUGGAGUUUGUCGCUGUCGUAAAUGUAUAUGUAAAGACAAGUAUUAUGGGGAUGUAUGCAACAUAAAGAACUGCACUUACUUCCCACCAGAGACACAAUGCCAGAAAGAUGCAAAUUCCGUAAGUUGAGGGGGAAACAGAAGUUAAGCCAUGCCUACAAGCGAAUCUCGCAUUGAAUACUGUCUUUUUCCCAGGAACAUACUUUAAAACAUUGCGAGAAACUCAUUUUAACUUAUAACCAAUGAAAAAAGUUUAUUACAUGAGAUUAUGCAACAAUUAAUGUGAUGAACGUAGUGGUAUAAUGGUAAUUUCUGUUCAAGGAAUCCCCUUUCCUUUUAUUGGUGAUUGCUGGAUAUUUUAGCAGGGUUCGCACUACUCCUGGAAUUCCUGGAAAACUCCUGGAUUUUUGAAACUUUUUUUUCAGAACCCUGGAAAACUCCUUGAAAAUUCAAUUUUGGCAUUAAAUCCUGGAAAACUCCUUGAAUUUAAUCUUAGGGCGCUUUCCAAAAGUCAGAACUGGCCGACCAGACCAUGGCUGGAGCAGUCAUUUUGACAAUGAAAUAGGCUUUUCCCAAGAGUUUUUGCUGAAAAACCAUCUCCUUCAUGCAUAGUAUUUAGGAUUUGACGGAUCUGGUCGGAUAGUUUUGAUUAAAAGUAAAAUUCUCAUUACUACGGGAAUGGUCUGGCCGGUCAGUUAGCGCCCUUAGUUGUAGGAUUAAAAACGAAUGAGAAAGUUAUGAAAACUUUUCUCUACAUACACUUUCACUUUGUAAGUAACUUGUUCUAAAGAAAAUUGAUGUGAUUUUUACAACUUUGGAAUCCUGGAUUUUUUUGUUUAUACCUUGGAAAACUCCUGGAAACUCCUGGAAACUCCUGGAAUUUCAUAAUCUACAGGUAGUACCAACCCUGUUUGAAAGGAUGGAAUAGCUUAUUCUUGUUUUUCAAUUCAUUCUGAAAAGCUGAUUAACCGGCCGAGAAUUCCGUUUAGGAAUAAGAUGGCAGAAACUAGUAAGACCCGGCGUACCGCUGUCUUGUCUACACCGACCGACCCUUUAAAAUCAGUAGAUAUAGUAAUUUUUUUCUCUUUGUGUAAGUUAAGAAGAGAGAACUAAACCAAUUAAUAACAUGCUAUAAGUAAUAACAUGUUACGCGCAAUAUUGAUUGUAGUUUUUUAUUUACAUUUCGCAAUGUAAUAGAGCGCGUGGAUUUUACUUCGUCAAUUAGUCCUCUUUUAAAAUGUGUUUGCAUCAAACGGCAAGAUAAAAUUUCGUUCGAAAAUAUCUUGAGAGCGAAGACUUUCCAAAUAUUUUAAAGUGAGCUCGAAACUGUUAUCUGCCGUCAUAAGAACGUAACAAAAAAUUUUAACGAAUCAAUAUUGUCGUUGUUUGGUAGUUGGUUGAUGAAGGAAAGUUAUGAUUUUGAGUCGUGUAAAAUUCCUUAAGGAUCAUUCGCUCGAGUGAACCAUAUCGUUAGUCUGCCUGGCACUUAGGCCUGUACGGAAAGGGGGAACCAGCUCGUCCUGUUUUCUAGCACGUCAGCCACGCAGUAUACUAGUCAACUCAUUUUACUUUACAGCAAUUUGUUGUGUGAUGCACUCCUGCAAGUAGCCUGAUGCAGGGGUUUGCCCCAAUCUCCUCUCGUUUUUAUCCCUCGUUUACCCUAACGCUCGCCGGGCUCGGAUUAACGCGCUUCAUGCUAUCUGAAAGGCUGGAAUAAGCUAUCCUACAAUCUUUGCAAUAACGAUAUUACUUUGCAGGAAAUUUGCGGAGGUACCGAAAGAGGCGAGUGUAAAGACGAUCCAGAGAACUGUUUCAAGUGUGAAUGCAAAGAGAAGUAUGAUGGGACCUACUGUGAAAAUUGUCCUGUAAGUAAUUUGCCUUUGCUAACAGGGGUGCUCGGUAGAUAAAAUACACAUUUAAUCCCUUUUGGGGUGUUACUCUAAAUACAGUAAACAGCCGCUAAUAUGAACCUACGCAGUACUUUUUUUGAACUCUGGCAAAAUAGGUUCGUGUAUUUUGGGGUCCUUAUUAGAAAUUUAGGCUACGUAGGUUCUUAAUUUUUAGGAAGGAGAUAAUAGAUUGUUGAUUGCCAGAAAAAUAUAUUACCGAAUUUAUAUACAAUUUAGUACAGUAUUUUCUUGUCAUACUUAAAUUUACAAGUCAAAGUUACACUCCCUGGUUAAAUUGUUUAUCUUAGGGCCUGUUUACAUGGAGGUGGGGGACCCCAGGUAGGUGAGGUAACCCGCCUGUUCAUAUAAUCUCUCAUGUUAACUCGAUCAUAUUUACAUGGUACGUAGGGUGACACACCGCAUGUUAGCUCGCCUAUCUGGGGUCCCCCAACUCCAAUGUAAACGGGCCCUUAACUGGCUACUCCCGCUCUGUAUGUUGUCGGUCAAUUGUAGCCUUGGUCUUUGGGUAGCUUUAAUUAAAAUAUUCCUGCUGAAGAUUUUCACACAUAUAACAUACAAUAGGUGCGAUAAAAGCAGGAAACGCAAGAUUUCAUGCGCUAAGUCAGGACAUCGUUCUGCUUUGUGGACUGAGUCUUACAUUUGCGGCCCUAGAGUGACUUGUGUCUGAGAAAUUGAAAUUGUUUCCAAUCAAAGAUUUGUGAAUGAUAAACUCGUCUCUGGCAAAUUCUCCUAAUGCUUAUACACAGUUAUACCAAUAAUAUAACUUAUGUCCGGGCGUAACGACUUUCGGUCCAUGAUUUCGGUCAAACACGAGAUUUUCUCUUAGUCGUGUUGUGUAAGUUUUUGAUGCUUGUUUAAGAGAGUAAGGAGACAAAGAAAUUAAAAUUUCAGUUUGGCUUUAAUGCUUUCAAAACAGCUGCUCCACGGAAUGUCAGUGAACACACAUUGUUGGCCCAACAAUGUUGGGAGUUGUUGCGUUCGUUUGCACGUAGGUAAACGUUUGACCGGUUUCAAACUUUGCGCGACAACUCCUGACAACACACAACAGCGAGCAACGUUAUGCAAACGGACACAACAUGUAACAUCCAACAAUGUUGCGUUUGUUUGCACGGGGCUUAACGCAUAAGAGUAUCGAACUACGACUUAACAAUGGCUGUCACAAAAUCAAUCCAAGCGGCCCUUUUUGGAAUUUUCUGUUUUACGUCAUCCUUACCAUUUCUUACUUGCGGGCGUGGAGCAUUGUUCAGCAUUGAAACGUCAUCAUUACCCAACGAUUCCGCGUGGCACCUGUUAAGGCAAAUUGAAAUUUUUUUCUGGUAUACUGACUGCAUUUUUUAUUAACUGUAAGGGACUGGUCAAAAAGUAUGGGGGGGGGGGGGUGAGCCGGAGCAUUUGGAAAUGUAGUUGAUAAAAAACACAUGACCCACCCCCUCCCUUCGGCACAAAAAUGACUGACCCGCCCCUAAAGCAAGGUUGGAAAUUGCAUGACCCACCCCCUAGUUAAAAUAUGGAUGUUUGGUUUCCUCUAAGGCCAGCCCCUUUUCUUUCUGCGUUUACCGUCGAAUGCGUUUCCUGAUAUUGGGUCGGUCGGUAGGAUUGAAAAGAAAAACCUAAAAAAAAAAUCGCAAGAAGUCUCGGAAUAGUAGGCCCUGGUACCCCAGGACGACGUUAAAAGUUAACAUUCACAUAUUUGGAUUAACAAAAUGUACAAUCUACUGUGAAAAAUGUUCAUGUUUUUUUUCCUGUUUUUCUCUAUGCUGUUACUAUGCUCAUUUUUCAGAUUAAAAGAAUUAUUUCAAGUGAAAAAUGGUGUAACUACGUCGUUACUUUUUUUUUUUGAAAAUGCCAAAAAUUUGGGUCGGUCGGACGACGGUAAGCGGAGAAAGAAAAAGAGGAUGGCCUAACCUUGUUCUGUGCUUGACAAAAUUUGUUGAUACACUGCUACAACCAAUAUCAAAAUCACAGAAAUCAUACCUUUAACUGAAAAGACAAAUGUGAAAAACCGAACAUUUCUUGUUUCUAGGGACGUUAUGAGUCUUGACACAAAUAAACAGAAAAACGAGGGUAUAUUGAAAUUGUCUGUCACAAAGCAUAUGAAAAUUUCUACAAAGACAACCCAUUCCUACACAUUACUUGCCGGAAAUUCUUAGAUUAAUCCUCAAAAAGAUUUUCUUCCACUUCAAUGGAAAGCACUACCCAGAAAACCAUGGAACUGCAAUGGGUACAAAGACAGCAGUUUUGAUUCCUUUGCCAAUAUUUUCAUGACAUAUAUUGAAACAACAACUCUAAGCAAAACUGUCUUUAGAACAACAGUUUGGAAAUGCUACAUACACGAUAUCUUUUCCCUAUGGGACAUGAGUAAACCAGACAUCGAAGCCUUCAUUGAACAAGCAAACUUACAUCAUCCAACUAUUAAAUUCACUGCCGAAAAAUUUGACACUGAGAUGCAGCGUUUUUAGACACGGUUGUAUACAAAGGCACAAGAUUCAAGAAAAUAUCUAUCCUUGAUGCAAAGACACAUUUUAAACAAACGGAAACCUUCUUGCACACACAUUUCACCUCGUGUCACCCUCCAAGUGUAAAAAAAGGAUUUGUCAAAGGAGAAGCCUUGAGAAUCCUACGAAAAAACUGCUCAGAAACAACCUUUGAGGAAAAAAAAAAAGGCUUGAUGGACGGAGGCUACCCACAAACUUUGAUAGAAGACCUACUAUCAGAAAAAAAAUUCACAAAAACGAGUCUAAACUCCGAAAACAAAACAUACAAGGAGGAAAAAGAAAUAUUGCCAUUUGUGACACAAUACCAACCCUCAGUGUCUACUAUAAAGGAAGCUUGAAUAAUAAAAAUGGAAUCUUAGACAAAACCAACCAUAACUUCAAUAAAUUUUUAAGGAACCACCAAUCAUUUCCUUACAAAAAAGGAAAAUCAUUAAAGGACAUGCUCGUUAGAGCCAAAAAAAAAAAGAAUAACAAAGGGUUUCACGCCCGUAUAGAUGCAUGUGCGGCCUGUCAUCCGUUGCAUUUUCUCGCACAACAGGUUUGUGAGUAUUUUAGCAAUAACUCCAGCUGGCUGUGUUUUAUAUAACAAGUGUGGUCAACUGUCUCGUUAGUAGUUAGUGCCUAUCUAUGUAAUAAAAUAGGGUGACCCACCCCCUAAUGGUAGCUGAAAAUUGCACGACCCACCCCUUGCACAAGGCUCAAAACCUCAUGACCCACCCCCUCUCUGCUCCGGCCCACCCCCGCCUAUACUUUUUGACCAGUCCCUAAAUAACUUCUUUUAUAUACGCGCGAGUUACUAGGACGCCUCCUCGAGAUUUCGUCUCUGGGCGAAAUCCCUGCGGGGGCAAUAACCCACAUAAAAGAUCCUGCUUUGGGUAUUAAAGUGACAGAUCUCUGCCAGGAGGUUCUUAUUAGCGGGUGUUUACUGUAUUUCAAACCUCAUACGUAGUGGUUAUAUUGGGGACCUCAUUGACCAUAUGACCUUGGCUUUUGUUGUAAACUACAAUCAGUUACCUCGCAGAUCCCAGGGUAGUGGUAUUCUGAAGUUAGUGACGGUGAUGAUCGAAGGAUUUUCUUUGGGUUUGUAAUUUUCCCUUCAGGAUUUUUCUAAGAAGGAAGUUUGGCUCUUUUUUGUGCCUUGAUUUAAGUAGGGUUUUUGGGGGAAUUAAAAAACGUUCUGAAAGGAUUUUCUGUGGGUUUGAAAUUCCAUUCAGGGUUUUUUUAUAAAAUAGGAAAUGUGGCCUUUUUUUCGGUGCUUUGAUUUAAGUAGGGAUUUUUUGGGGGUAUUCAAAAACAAUUUGACGAUUGGUGUACUUUGCGCGUAUGCCAGCCGCGUAGUUCUAGACUGCCAGGUGAGAAAAAGGUAAAUUCAGAUGGUAUGGUGAAUAAGUAAUUUUCCGUCCAGGGAAUUUUGGGGGUUUCAUUGGAAGCCCUAGGGAUAUUUUUGGUUUGAUUCUUGCUCCUUUUUAUCAUCCCCGUCACUUUACUCCGGAGUGCUCCCCCCCCACCCACUCCGGUCCCCUGAUGGCCAAUAAAAACAAGUGAAGAAUAGUAUCCACUGCUUAAGUAACGUUUACGAACCGAAAUUACCAUACCAUUUUGUUUUGAAUUUUGUGAAAGGUUAGUGAUCAUUUGAGAACAUAUAGCGAACACUCGAAAGGAUGUUUUUCUGAUGACUGGUUAUAUCUUACCUGUGAAACACUCAGCUAGGCCUCGUGUUUUUAACCCACUUUUGAGUGGGCAGACGAGAAAUACUCCAUUUAAGUUCUUGUGCUUGAUAUAUUAUGUUAUCAACUACAUGUAACGUGCUCGCUUUUAGUAAACUGGACUUUUGCAAUUCAUUAAAGCUAGGUUAGCCUGUGUACCGAUUUUUUUCUGAGGGACGGGGGACGUCUGUACACAGGUUAAGCCAGGUUAGUUGUUGCUUGUAAAUACUAAAUUAAUAGCAAUUUCUUUUUUUUUCAGUAUUGCGAAGAUGGAAUGUGCAGUAGAAAUGAGGACUGUGCAAAGUGUUCAACGUUCGAAGGAAAGUCUUUAGCCGAAUGCAAAAAUGACGGAAGAUGCGAGGUUAAUGUUCUUGAAGUUGAAGUUGUAUCCGAUAUUACAAAGAAGACAGGUAAAAAUUUUCACAUUGCCCAUAAUGUACCUAUGAAUUUUCCUUUAAAAUCGAGACUCCUUAAACAGAUUUCCACGUACUUAAAUUCUUUACUAAAAUGCUCGCUAUUUCUAUUGACAAUUCCAAGCACAAAAUCGGGUUUUGAUUUCGUGUUUUAUCGGGAAAUCAGAAAAUCUGGAUUCCAAUGUGCUAUUUGACAGGAGACGUAGAUUUCGACAUGUUCACAGUUUUCCGUUUUGCGAUAAAUAACUUGUAGCGGCGUCUGUUGUUGUUUAGAUGAAGGUCUGUUUGGAUGCGAGGCAGUUGAUUCAAAGGACGGUUGUACAUAUUACUUUACCACUGAAACAGAAAAGGACAGCACAAGCUUCAAGUUGUAUGUGCAGAAAGACAAAGGUAGAAAUUUUGCUCCUUUUAUCCAGUGUAAUGUAAGGCAGUGUAUUUAGGCCAUAUCCGUCCACACGAAUUUGGACAGUCCAACUUGAAAUGUCGUGAUUUGUGUGAACGGGCCGGACCUUAAACCACUUUUCGGUGAGCAGAUUCACUGGUGUGGACGGGAGGCCGACCUUUGAAGAAAAUGCGAUUUCAAAAACUGAAUACCCGCGGUUUGGUGUGGACGGAGCUUUACUGUCUGUAUUUCAAAGUUAUUAUUAAUGUACCAGAAAAUGAUAUGAUGCUCCCAGCCUCGGCAAAAAGGAACUGAAAGUUUCCUCAAAUUUCUGAAGCUACAGAAAAAAAAUAAUAAAUGGAGUUUGAUUUGUAUCUGUGCGAACCGGGUUGGGUGAGCGUGCAAUGAUUGUUAGAAUUUCUCUUGUCACAGUGAUGUGUCUGUUAUGAUCUUGUACCUGUACAACGGAUCAAGGAGGACAGCGCUGGUUAUUACGCAAAUUCGCCAAAGAUUUCAGGACUGUUAAAUUUAAACAACCUCUCAUAUAACUUGCCUCGUGUAUUUGUAGAAUGAUUGACUUGGCCCAACUCCUUGCGUUUUCUUUGAAAUGAAAUUGAAACUUUCGAGAUGAUAUUAAUUCUUGUUCGUAAUUACCGGACUCGUUCUGUCACCUAUGAGGACUUCCAUGUACUGCAAGUAAGAAAUGGAAGUUGGAAAAUAUCGCUCUCAUGCAAUCUCAUAUGCCGCCGCUCAAUUCAGAUUUCCCCUGCACUUUCUUUCAUUUGGACCCCGUCCCUUGUAAGGGACCACCUAUCAAAAAUACCAAAAUUUUCCAAGUCAUACCCCUGAAAUUAACACCUCUCGUAAACGACCAUCUCACAUAAGUUAUCGCAAACACUUUGUGGUAACGGUCAGUUUAUAAUUUUCCUUGUUCUCAGCGACUGCUUGACGCGUGGUUCAUGCAGUGAUGUCUAUGUAUUGUUUGUGCUACGCUUUGCAGAGUAUACGAAGAUUUUUAAGUGACCAGAUAUAACUGCACAUAUCGUAACUGUGAAAUUGCGUGCAGUACAUUAUUUUACAAAAUGUUGAAGUGUGGGGACCCUUGCUUGAAAUGACCACCUGUGUUCGAUUCUCGUAAGCGACCAAGCAAUUUGGAUGGUUGCUUACUGGAGGUUCGUGCGUUUACACUAAAUCAAAACCAGUUCAUAAAAGUAAGCUAGGAGAAGGAAGACAAUGGUUUGUUGAGAACAGGCUGAGAUGAGUAACUUUUCUUAUUAUAGUGAACUGCCCAAAAGAAGCACCGAUUGUCAUUAUUGUAGCAGCAGUGGUUGGUGGAAUCGUGCUCCUCGGUCUUAUCAUCCUGGCACUUAUUAAAGCCUUUCUUACCAUGGUGGUAUGUUAACACUUUUAUGCGUUUUUUGUUGUGGUGUUUCUGCUUUGCGAUAUCUUGCCUUUCUACACGGAUACUUUAGUUGUAAUUAGUAUAAAAUGCUCAGAAAUUUUGUUUUUCACCAUAGGAUCGUAUUGAGUAUCAAAAAUUCCAGCAAGAGCAGGCUCGUUCCAGAUGGACCAAGGUAAGCUUCAAAAUACAUUUAUUUCGUUGAGUGUUACUGAACGUUAUUAAAAGCAGCUAGAUCUUAAUUGUCAUUUUCUCUUAAUUUAUUGCUUCGAGGAUGAGUGAAUUUUUUGCCAAAAACUCAUUUAAGCAGCCCUUUUAUAACCUUUUUGUAAAAUGCCAAGCAAAUCCUUUUUUUUCUUAGCGAAAUGUAGAUUAAGAAUACUACGUUACUGUUAGUGGAAGUACACACUCGUUGAUAUGUCCUUUUCUAUAUCUUGCUUCACGACGCUAAACUAACAUGGUCUGACUGUUGUGUGGUUUUCAGGAGAAAAAUCCCCUGUAUCAGGCAGCCAAGACAACAUUUGAAAAUCCCACAUAUGCUGGUGGAAGACCUUGCUGA